CUUCAACCCAAUUCUCGUUUCCUCACUCAGCUCUCGCAAACUAGCAACUACCAGCGGCCUCCUCCAUCCACAAGUCAAAGCACCGCCACAUUUCUCGGUCUUCAACCACUCUUCUAUUACCAGCCAUGUCUUCUCAGGAUACCCGCUCCAUGAGCCAGCGUCUUCGCCCUCGUCGUCCCUCAACCUUCCUCACCUUGGCUCCCAUCAUCUCCGGUGCCGAGCAAAAGCCCAAGGUCGCUUCUGCCGAUGAGGCUGCUCUCGAGUCUCCUACUGAGAGCGUCAAGCAAGUAGAGGCCGACUCUGCCGAGGCCAUCAAGCGCCGCGCCUCCAGUGUCAGCAGCCAGUCCUCCACCACUGGCGGGUUCCGCUUCCUCAGGAACCACUAAAGGGUCGCACCACUUUUUUUUAGCGGUUGGCACUUUGCCCAUCCUGUCGUUCAGUCAUGCUUUCAACUAAGCGAUAAGAGGAUGAGGCAAGCACGAGCCUUGCUGCUGCAUGACACAUUUCCUUAUCAUAUACCUUCCAGCCUUGAUGGCAUGGAUCCCAUCGACAUGGGAAGAACAACGAUGUGCCAUUCCGGCGGAUAGAAACACACCUCUUUGGGGCGAAAAUGGCAAACUGAAUGAUUCCUACACAACAAAGGCUUACGAACGGCGCUUCUCGGUCUUCUUUUUUUUGUAAUCUCUGACGGGAUUUUUGCGAAUGGUACGCUCCACCAGGGAUGGAGUUUUCGAAGGCGCUGCGGAAGGGUUUUUUUUUUUUUUUACUUUAUUUUUUUCUGUCUCCUUUUUUCUCUCACUCUUGAUAAGGAGUUGUGGAGGUGUCCUUCAGGUUGACAAGGGAGGCAUGGGAAUGGAUGUUGUUUUUUUCCUUGGCAGUUUUGGGAAGGGGCAGGAGCCAAGCACACACAUGGGAGGUUUUUCUGGGAUGUGCUGGCGGCAACCAGCGAAGAAGGGGGGGAUCGACAAGAGGAAGAUAGUAUACCAAUUUUCAAAUGAGAACCAAAUAGUUUUCUCUG